AUGGAGAUGCACCCAAGACCGAUAGACAAGGUUGCUAUUCCGCGGCAAUCGUCGCGAUCGGUGGUUCGACGUGCCCGCCGCGUGCGGUUGGCAUGCGAAACGUGUCGACAGCGGAAGACCAAAUGUAGCGGCGACACGCCGGUGUGUCGCCAGUGUAAGGAGAUGCGCAUCUCGUGCCAGUAUCCGUUGUCGUGGCGAGAUAGAACCCAAGGGUAUGUCGAAUACUUUCUGCCUUUAGAUCCCCCGUCAGGUUGCGAAGGGAUCCGAUCGUUAACGGACGCCGGGGCUCCCAGACGCAUCAACCACCUCUUUGAGCGGAUCGACGAAUAUGAGUCCCUCCUCAGGGAUGUCGGCACCUAUGUCGAUGGCCGCACUGCCGAUCGCAUUGAGACCAUGCUGAGCAAGUACGCCGUUAACAAUGGAGACCAGUCGCCUCUUCCGCAGCCUAAAACGUCGGGAGCCUGGACGGAGAGGAAUGAGGAAGACACUCCCAGCUCGCCUUCAUCCGUCGGAUCGCUGGAGGCCAAUGAUUGCGUCGAAGAGGAUUUAAACCGAUCGCCCGGCGCUCGUGCCACAGGUUAUAUGGGCAAGAACUCCGAGAUCACAUGGUUGCGGAAGGUACAGGGGGAGGCCCAGGAGUACUCUCGACAGUCGACGGGACUCCCCGAGGAUGAGGACGAGACGGAAAAUACGCUGCCGGCCGUGAACUAUCAUUUAGACCAACUGGAGAUCUCGGUGCCGGGGCCGGUGCAGGUAUACCAGAUGCCGCACCAACCCAUUGCGGACCACUUGUUCGCCGAUUAUUUGGAGACGGUGCAUCCAUUUUUCCCAAUUAUCAAUCGCCCGCUAUUUCAAUCGCAAUAUGAGAAAUUCUUCGGGGACUCCGUGCGGCCGGGAGACAAGUGGCUGGCUAUCUUAAACCUCAUCUUUGCCAUCGCCGCGAAGCAUGCCCACCUCACUCAGGCUUCCUGGCGCGGGGACAAGGACGAUCAUCUAGUAUACCUGACGCGCGCACGGAUUCUCAGCAUGAAUGGCGACGUGCUCUUUAGUCACCCGGAUUUGCAGCAAGUCCAGGUCGAAGCCCUGACUGCAUUUUAUCUGCUUGCAUGCGAUCACAUCAACAGGGCCUGGCGAAUCAUUUCAAUGGCCAUUCGGUCAUCGGUUUCUUUAGGCCUGAAUUUACGAGACGGUAGCGCGACCACCAUGCCCGCGUCGAAAGAAGCGCGCUAUCGCGUCUGGUGGUGCCUCUAUACCUUCGAAAACUUGCUGGGCGUCAUGACGGGCCGCACAACGUGCAUGGCUGAUUGCAUCAGUAAAACGCCCUUUCCUUUGCCUCUGGCAGAGGAGCAGCUGUCGUCACCGAUGGCCACCCGUCUUUUAACCGAUCAGGGGUUUCAUCAGCAAUUCGUCGAGUCAUGCCUGGCCUUUCACCAUCGGUACCCUCUGGGCGGAGCACAAUUGAGCAACCCUGGGAACGAGGAGCACCGAGCGUGGUUUAAAAGCCUCUCCCCUAGCCGCGCCAUGGAAUAUACCUACUACGUAGAUCUAGCGGUGAUCAAUCAAGGCACUGUCAAUCAGGUCUAUUCGCCAGACUGUUGUAUGAUCCCAUGGCGCGAGAUCGAGCGCCGUAUCCAAAUUCAGAAAGCUCGCAUUGAUUUGUGGGAGUCUAAUCUCCCUCGGGAAUACAUUAUCAUGUCUUCACUCGACCGCGGCUCCGCACUGGACUACGGCCAGCUUUCGCUCGCCUUUCUGUUCUAUAGUUCACGAUUAACGGUGGGGCGCCCCUGCCUUUGUCGCCGGGACACGCAGAAGGAGGAAUCCUUCAGUCGCGAUAUAGCACGCAUGGCCGUGGAGUCGGCCUGUGGAAUGCUGGACCUCAUUCCGGAUGCUCCCGAUGCGCGCUGGCUCUACCAGACAUGCCCAUGGUGGUGCAUUCUUCACUAUGUGAUGCAGUCGGCGGCGGUUCUCCUCUUGGAGCUUUCCUGGCGCUGCGUCCAUAUGCCGGGGACCGAUGAGACGAUCUUGCAGCAGUGCAAGAAAGCGGUUCGGUGGCUCGCGGCCAUGUCGAUUCACAGCCAUGCAUCUCGCCGCGGUUGGGAACUGUGCGAUAGUAGUCUUCGACGCAUUGCCCACGGCAUGGGCUACGAUCUUAGUGACAUGGCCCCGUUCCCCCCUGCCCUUUCGACCCAACCGCCUGUCGACCAGGCCGAGCCGGAAGGCCCGAAAAUGCCUUCCUCGCCCCUGUCGAGCUCGGACUUUCCGUUUGACCCUGUCACGGGCGAAUUCGUUCGCUCGUUUUUUCCUAUGACCGAAGGGCAGGAGGAAUGGGAUC